AUGCAGGUGCUAGCAGUUCUAUUAGUUGGUCUUUUAUCCGUCGCUUAUGCGAACAUAGACCCACUCUCAAACACUGCAUAUGGAUACUUAACGAGGUUCGGUAUCCCUGAGGCAGAGAGAAUUCGUAAGGCUGAAGAUGCUGCGAUAGCUUCUAGAAUCGUCGGUGGCCUCCCUGCAGCCCUGGGCCAAUACCCUUACCAAGCUGGCUUAAUAUCCGACAUUGUUGGUAUUAAUGGAAAUGGAGUUUGCGGUGGCUCCCUCAUAUCUGCCAAUAGAGUGCUUACUGCAGCUCACUGCUGGUUCGAUGGACAAAACCAAGCCUGGAGGUUCACCGUUGUUCUCGGAUCCGUAUACCUGUUCCACGGCGGUACCAGGCUCCAAACGAGUGUUGUCCAGACGCAUCCUUCGUGGUUCCCUCUGCUGGUCCGCAAUGACAUUGCUGUGAUUUAUUUGCCUGAAGCUGUGCAGUUCUCGGCAAACAUUGCUCCAGUCGCUCUCCCAAGUAACGCCGAAUUGCAAGAGAAUUUCGCUGGUGAACAGGGUAUCGCUUCUGGAUUCGGAAUAACUGCUGACGGUGGUGGUAUCUCUACUAACCAAUUCUUGAGCCACGUGCGCCUCAACAUAAUUUCCAACUCGGUCUGCCAACUCGCGUUCCCGCUAGUUCUUACGGACUCUAACAUUUGCACCAGCGGCCUUGGAGGAACUAGCACCUGCCGUGGAGACUCUGGUGGUCCACUCGUCGUUGACAGGAGCAACGGGCCUGUUCUGGUGGGACUAAUUACUGAAAUAAUUAAUACUACCGACAAAGCCGUUUGUGGUGGUUCCCUUAUCAGCGCAAAUAGAGUGCUAACAGCUGCACAUUGUUGGUAUGAUGGCGAGCAUCAAGCAUGGAGAUUCACCAUCGUUCUUGGCUCCAUUUACCUUUUCAAGGGCGGUACUAGAAUGCAAAGUAGUGCUAUUCAAGUACAUCCUUUGUGGUCGCCCUACUUGAUUCGAAACGACAUUGCUGUAAUUUUUUUGCCAGAAACUUUACAGUUUUCUGAUACCAUAUCACCAAUUGCUCUACCGGCUGAAGACGAAACUGACGAGAAGUAUGCUGGAUUAUCCGCUAUUGCGACUGGCUUUGGAUUAACCUUUGAUGGUGAAAACGUCACUGAAAGUCAAUCCCUUAAUCAAGUACGCAUGAACAUCAUGACUAAUUUUGUCUGCUCUCUAGCCUAUCCCUUUCUGAUCAGAGAUUCUAAUAUAUGCACAAACAGCCUUGGAGGAGCUAGCACGUGCAGAGGGGACUCUGGUGGGCCACUCGUGGUUGAUACUAACAAUGGACGCGUAUUGAUCGGAAUAACAUCAUUUGGAUCUGCAUUCGGGUGCGAAUUUGGCCUUCCCGCUGUGUUUACAAAAGUAUCGUCAUUUUUAGAUUUCAUUAGAGUAAACACUUUAUAG